AAAGACUUGGUUUUUGCAUUAAUUAAAUAUGUGCAACUGUGUUACUGCUUUACUAUAUAUAAAGGAGUGAAUCGAUCCUGAUAAUAUUGUCAGAACUCCACACCCUCCUCCUCUUUCUUCUUGCCUCUCGUUAUCCAUACAUCACACACAAUUUCUCAUCCUCUUCAAUACAAUCAUCUCUUCUCAAUCUUCCUUAACCAAAUCCACACCAUAUAUAUAUAUAUCUUUGCAUAUACAAAGUGGUGAAUUAAGUUAGAAGAAGAAUGUGGAGGCUCAAGAUUGCAGAGGGUGGGAAUCACCCAUACUUGUACACCACCAACAACUAUGUAGGGAGACAAACAUGGGAAUUCGACCCAAAUGCAGGCACUGUGGAGGAGCUUGCCCUGGUUGAAGAGCUUCGUCAGAAUUUCUACAAGAAUCGCUAUCAGGUCAAGCCCAGCGGUGACCUUCUCUGGCGUAUGCAGUUCCUGAGGGAGAAAAACUUCAAACCCCAAAUACCAGCGGUGAAGAUCGAAGAGGGAGAGGAGAUAACAUACGAAAAGGCAACAGCAGCAUUGAGAAGGGCAGUCCAAUUCUUUUCCGCACUGCAAGCUAGCGAUGGGCAUUGGCCAGCAGAGAACGCAGGGCCCUUGUUCUUCCUUCCCCCCCUAGUCAUGUGUGUUUACAUAACUGGUCAUUUGGACUCUGUUUUCCCAGCCGAGCAUCGCAAGGAAAUCCUUCGCUACAUCUACUACCAUCAGAAUGAAGAUGGCGGUUGGGGCCUUCACAUCGAGGGCCACAGCACCAUGUUCUGCACCGUUCUCAGCUACAUUUCCAUGCGCCUUCUCGGGGUUGGACCUGAUGCUGGUCAAGACAAUGCUUGUGCCAGAGCUCAAAACUGGAUUCAUCAGCAUGGCGGUGCCACAUACAUUCCCUCCUGGGGAAAGACCUGGCUUUCGAUCCUGGGUGUGUAUGACUGGUCUGGAUGUAAUCCAAUGCCCCCUGAAUUCUGGAUACUUCCUUCAUUUCUACCUAUGCAUCCAGCCAAAAUGUGGUGCUACUGUCGGAUGGUUUACAUGCCAAUGUCUUACUUGUAUGGAAAGCGGUUUGUUGGCCCCAUUACUCCUCUCAUUCUUCAAUUGCGACAAGAACUCCAUACUGAACCUUACCAUCAAAUCAAUUGGAAGAAAACGCGUCAUCAAUGUGCCCCAGAGGAUCUCUACUAUCCCCAUCCUCUUAUCCAAGAUUUAAUGUGGGACACUCUAUACAUAUUCACUGAGCCUCUUCUUACCCGUUGGCCCUUUAACAGUGUCAUCAGAAAGAAGGCUCUUCAAGUGACCAUGAAGCAUAUUCACUACGAAGAUGAAAACAGUCGUUACAUUACCAUCGGAUGUGUGGAAAAGGUCUUGUGCAUGCUUGCUUGCUGGGUUGAAGAUCCAGAGGGCGAUUAUUUCAAGAAGCACCUUGCUAGGAUCCCUGAUUAUUUAUGGGUUGCUGAAGAUGGAAUGAAAAUGCAGAGUUUCGGAAGUCAGGAGUGGGAUACAGGUUUUGCCAUACAGGCCUUGAUUUCUAGUAAUCUUACCGACGAAAUUGGAGACGUGCUUAAGAGAGGCCAUGACUUCAUAAAGAAAUCUCAGGUCAAGGGCAAUCCUUCCGGUGACUUCAAGAGUAUGCACAGACAUAUAUCUAAGGGAUCAUGGACUUUCUCCGACCAAGAUCAUGGAUGGCAAGUUUCCGAUUGCACUGCAGAAGGAUUAAAGUGUUGCCUACUCCUCUCAAUGAUGCCACCAGAAAUUGUUGGUGAGAAAAUGGAGCCCCAACAGUUGUACGAUGCUGUCAAUGUCCUAAUUUCUCUGCAGAGUAAAAAUGGAGGCUUAGCAGCAUGGGAGCCAGUUAAGGCUCAAGAGUGGUUGGAAAUUUUAAAUCCUACGGAAUUUUUUGCUGACAUUGUAAUUGAGCACGAGUAUGUGGAGUGUACUGCAUCUGCGAUCCACGCAUUAGUUUUAUUCAAGAAAUUAUACCCAGGGCAUAGAAAGAAGGAGAUAGAGAGUUUCAUCGCUAACGCUGUCCGAUACCUAGAAAAUGUGCAGACUUCAGAGGGUGGAUGGUAUGGAAACUGGGGAGUUUGCUUCACUUAUGGUUCUUGGUUUGCACUGGGAGGCCUGGCAGCUGCAGGAAAGACUUACAACAAUUGCGCAGCAAUGCGCAAAGGGGUUGAUUUUCUUCUGAGAAUACAAAAAGAGAAUGGAGGCUGGGGAGAAAGCUAUCUUUCAUGCCCGCAGAAGAAAUAUGUACCUCUGGAAGGAGACCGAUCCAACUUGGUACAUACUUCUUGGGCAAUGAUGGGUCUAAUUAGUGCUAGGCAGAUGGAUAGAGAUCCUACCCCUCUUCACCGUGCUGCAAAGUUGGUAAUCAAUUCUCAAAUGGAAGACGGUGAUUUUCCUCAACAGGAAAUCACGGGCGUCUUCAUGAAGAACUGCAUGCUACACUAUGCAGCAUAUAGAAACAUCUACCCUUUGUGGGCUUUGGCAGAAUACCGCAACCGUGUUAUACUACCUCGCAAAGCUAUUUAAAGUCCAUUGUCAGCCUAUAUAUUUCACUCAAUACGCUUUCUAUAUAAGUGGGUCUCACCUACCCUACCCUACCCUUGAUACCUCUUACUGUGCAAGCAAACAGAAAAGUGCAUACUUUGUAAUUGUAUCUCUCAAAAAUACAAGUAUAUGAAAUGUUGCUUUCUCUUUA